AUGUUACUCACACAAUAAUUCCACAUACUGUUUGUUUAAACCCAAAAAUGAAGCUUAAGACUUAUAUUUUCCCUUUGCUUUUAGUUCUUCUCCUAUCAUAUUAUUACGUAAAUGCUGCUGAAACAUCACAAGAUGAAAAAAAUGCUAAUGAAGUGAAAGAAGCAAGCAACCAGUACAACGGCGGCGGACACGGAGGCCGAGGCGGUGGAGAACAUUGUCAUUAUGGCUGCUGCGGCGGUUAUAGCAAACGUGGUUGCCAGCAAUGUUGCACCCCUCAAGAAAGUGUUGUAGUGGCCGGUGAUGGUGAUGGUUAUGGUUAUGGAUACGGGUGGGGAGGACGUGGCGGUUGGGGUGGACGUGGAGGUGGUGGUUGGGGAGGACGUGGCAGUGGCGGUCGACGCGGAGGUUGCCGAUAUGGAUGUUGUAAUCGUGGUAGAUAUGGAAAUUGCUACGAAUGUUGUUACUCAGCUGCAGAAGCAAAAGCCUAUUAUGAAAAUGAAGUUCAACCAUAAAAAGUUACUAAUAUAAUUUAUAUAUAAUUAAGAGUAUGUUGAAAUGAAAUGAAGAAAGCAUCCACAUGUAUGUACGUACGUAGUCACGUUAAUGUAAUAAAGUAUAAUUAUAAGAGAGUUUAUGUGGGAAUUAAAUUAAUAAUACGGAUGCUUAUAAUAUAAAAUA